AUGAUGAAGAAAGUGUUGGAAAAUUUGAUCGGAAAGCCAAUUGAACAAAGAUUUGAAGAAAUAGAGCUUGAAGAAGUAAGAGCAAGACGUAAAGCUGAAAUCGAAGCUGAAAUGAAAAACAAAGGGGCAAUUGUUCCAUCAAAAGUUGUUGAAUCGUCUAUUCUUGAUCCUUGUCCGAUAAGUUCUGUUUCUGGUGAGAUUGACGAUGAUGAUGAUAUUCUGAAAGAUGAUGCACAUGAUGUUUAUUCUAUACAUAAUGAUGAUGAUGACGAUGACAAUGAUGAUGAUGAUCAAGGUACUUCGGGUAUCAAAGUAACUGAAGCGUCAAAUGAAGAGAAGAUUGAUGAAUAUGUUCAUGAUGAUGCGAACGAAGAACCUGAGAAUGCAAUGUGA